AUGUCAACUGAUAUUUCAACCUACUUCAGCUCAACACUUCAAUACCUUGGAAUCCCGCAGGACAACAACCUUUACUAUGCUUUACUUGGUAUACUCGGAACGGCGGGCACAAUCUCCUUGUUGAAAAGAAUGAGCUCAGAUUCGAGUCUUUCAGCCCUCGCCGGGCCUACCUCAACUUCUGCCAUUUGGGGAAACACCCCAGACAUGUUUAACAGCCAGACAAGUAUGAAGUUUCACGACCAGCUAAGGGAAAGCUAUGGUUCCGUCUGUCUUGUGAAGGGACCGUUUGGGGCAAAUGAACUAUGGGUAUCGGACCCCCGGGCUAUGAGCGAGAUCAUAAUGAAAGGCCAUGACGAUUUUAAACAGCCUGACUGGUUUUUGACUUGGUUAAGGCUCAUCUUUGGGCCAGCAGUGAUCACAGUAUUUGGGGAUCAGCACAAAAUUCAACGCAAGGUACUACAUAGGAAUCAAUCGGUUUUGGCCUGUACCCUAAGCACUGCUAAUACUUUUGGCAGAUUCUCAAUCCUGUUUUUACUGCAAGUCAUAUGCGAAAUUACACCUACAGUAACCGCGAUUGCACACAAACUGGUCGAGAUGGUGGCAUCGGAUGUGCAAGUCGAUGGAGAAAAUAAUAGGGUAAUCGAUAUGUUUAAAUGGGUCCACCUUAUUUCGCUCGAGAUCAUUAGUCAAGCAGGAAUGGGCCACUCGUUUGGAGUACUGGAAGGCACCGUACCGGACUACCUUCACGCAUCCCGUGACGUAUUUGCCUUGAUGUCAGAGAUGUGGUAUCUCCAACCUUUUAUCGGGCCUUUGUCACGAAUGGGGCCGGCAUUUAUCCGCCGUGCGUUAGUGGAGGCUAUCCCCCACCGUCCUAUCCAGAAGAUGAAAAACGUAGUGGAUACCAUGAACGAAACGGCGAUUGGUAUUAUCAAGAAGAAAAAGGAGGCACUUGAAAACGGCACCCUAGACUCAGAAGUGGCAGCCGGAAAUGAUAUAAUGACAGCUCUGCUCAAACAGAGUCUUGCAGUCGCUCCACAGGAUCGGAUGACCGACGAAGAAGUAUUGGCUCAAGUAAAUGGGCUGGCAUUUGCUGGACAUGAUACCACAAGCUCUGCGUUGUCACGCACACUUCACUUGCUGGCCGAGCAUCAAGACGUCCAGGUCAAGCUCAGGGAAGAAAUUCGGCAAGCAUAUAAUUCGUAUGGAAAGAAUCUUGACUACGACCAGCUCAAUUCUCUUUCCUACUUGGACGCGGUGUGUCGUGAAUCCUUGCGUCUCCAUUCUCCAGCGAGCGCCAUAGCGCGCACUGCAACCAGUGAUUGGGAUUUGCCCCUUUAUUACCCAGUCACUGCUAAAGAUGGGAAGUCUGUGGUUACUAAUAUCCAUGUCACUAAAGGCACCAGCAUACAUUUAUCCAUCCGGGCGGCCAAUAUGGAUGAACGAACCUGGGGAGAAGAUGCUGGAGAGUUCAGGCCAGGUCGUUGGCUUGAGCCACUUCCGCCCAGCUUAUCGAACGCCCGAAUCCCUGGUGUUUACUCGUCUACUAUGACGUUUUCAGGAGGGCCGCGUUCGUGCCCCGGGAUGAAGUUUUCCCAACUAGAGAUGAAACUAGUCCUCUCGAAUCUCGUGGGGUCCUUCCAGUUCGAUUCUUCCGAAGACAAUAUCAAGUGGAAUGAUGAUGGAAUCGUCAAACCAUACAUUCAACACAAAGACGGAUCACUCAGCGAUGAACCUGCAAUGCUUCUCAGGGUUACUGUCACGGAAGAGUCGUAG